CCUCCCGGGUCACGGGGGGCCGCUGGCGUGUGGCGGGGGUGCGGUGUCUGAGCAGGCAAGGCCUCCCCUGAUCUGGGAGCAGAAGGUCAAGGGGGCAGAAGAAGCAGCGAGAAGACAACAGCCCCGCAGGGCUCUGACGCCUCGGGGCCGGGCCCUCUGACGCUCACUGUCAUUGCAGAGUCCCCCACCUGAGACCCGCCAGGAGCUGGGUGAGGAAGGCAGAAGGCCUCCCGAGGAACCUCCUCGCAGGCCGCUCCCCGGGGUCCUCUGCCGGGCUGGUGGCGAGCGCGGCACCGCCAGCUGUGGCCAUGAAGACACCGUCCACAUGAGCCUGACAACCCUGGAAGGCCUGGCCCCCCCUGAGGCCCAGCCUGAAGCAGGAGACCUGGAGCCAGAGGCCAAGACGCCAGCCGAGCGGAAAGACCCUGGAGCAGCCCCCAGAGGAGGUCCAGAACCACAGGAGGACUCAGCACCCGGGCAGGGAGGAAAUGUAGCUCUUUCAGAGGGACACUCACGUCCUCGUGGGGACUCGCCCCCCGGGGAGGAUGAACCCUCUGCUCCUCUCCCAAGAGGCCCAGCUCCUCUUGAGGAGUCACCACCCGGGCAGGGUGGAACCAUGGCGCCUCCUGCAGGAGGACCAGGCCCCCAGGAAGACUCAGCCCACGGGCAGGCUCAACCUACUGCUCCUCCGGAUGGAGGACCAGAGCCUCAGGAGACCUCACCUCCCGGGCAGGGAGGUGAUGAAAAUCCUGCUCCUCCUACAGGAGGACGAGGCUCUCAGGUGGACUCACCAGCCGGGCAGGAUGAAAACGCGGCUCCGGCCGCAUCCCCACACACUGAUGUGCCUUUCCCUGUGCUGGAUGGCAACGUUGCCCCGGCCUCCGCCGGGGACAAAGGGCCCGAGGAGCAUUCAGCAGCCCUUCUGGGAGCGCCUGCCCUGACUGCUCCCGCACCCCCUGUACCAGGUCCUGGCCUGGCUCUUUCAGGAACCCUCGGGAUGUGCGUCAGGCACGUGAACCGCUGA